AUGUCUCAAGAAAUUGGCCAUGUGACACUGUCACAUGGCAUGUCACUGGUCGUCACACUUAGCAGGGAUUGUGCACCGCCAAUCCUACGAGCCACCAAAGCUCUUGCGUGGAAUACCGAUAUCAUCAGGCCUGAUCAGAGGGCAUUUUCCUCUCACGAUGUUGCGCCAAGCAUGAUAAGCUUGCAGAUUAUGGCUCCCAAAGGCAAAGGAAGUACCAGAAUGGAUGCUGGAAAAGUUUCUUCUUCAUUCACCCCAGGAUUACAAAAAUCUGCUAGCAAUGCUUCGAGCAGUCGAAAUUCUGCACAACUUCUUAACCUGCGUACACAAGCCUUACUGGAGCAACAAGAUGGCCCAAUUGUUGACAGUGAUAUCCCUAAUCUUGAUGAUAACAUGUCACCAACCACCAAUCCUGUUACAAUUGACCCCAUCCUUGAUGAUAUCAAGGUUGAAUACCAUCCACAGAGUGGGAAACCUACUCAUGUCUAUCACUUUGAGGAUUAUACCACAUCUUCUGAAGGCACAGCUAAUAUGCCAGUUGAUCCAGAACCGUGGAGACCAUUUCGAUCACGCCUUGAUUUCGAGAUUGCAGAAUUGAUUCUGAAUACCCAUAUGAAUAAAUCUCAAACCAACCAGCUGCUCUCACUCAUACACCAAUGCAUUCAAAGGCCAUCUGAAUUUACAUUGGAAAACAGCACUGACUUGGAAUGUGUAUGGGAAAAUGCUCGUAUGGCACGCACAUCUGGUUUCUCAAAAAUCACUGUCCCUGUCCCUUAUAAAGAGAAAGAGGUUCCACAUGAUGUUUGGACUUACUCAUUGUUUGACUGGACUCGUGAACUUCUUGAAGACCCAGGUCUCAUUUCCCAAUUUCAUUGGCAUGCUGAACGUCACUACAAGUUUAAUGGUUCAAAAUUUGAACGAUUUAUUGAUGAACCAUGGACUGCUGAUACCUGGUGGCAAAUUCAGGUACAAUCUUGUUCAUCCCUUCCACAAGGUGCAUUGCCUUUCUGCAUGGUCAUUUAUGCAGAUAAGACACGCCUUUCAUCAUUUGGCUCUGUCAAAGGCUACCCAGUAAUUGGUCGCCCUGCCAACUUCAAUGUCAGGAUCAAAAAUGGAACAGGCAUUGCAGGUGGGAGAGUGCUUGGAUUACUUCCAGUGGUGGAUGAAGAUGCUGGAGAAACAGGAAAAAAAGGAUAUGUCAAUUUCAAGAGAGUUGUCUGGCAUAAGGCAUUCUUCCACAUUCUGGAUUCUAUUCGAAAGUACCUCAAAACAGGUUACACAUUUACCAAUUGUGCUGAUAGCAUUGCACGGCAUACAUUCUGGUUUAUUUUGAUUGCAUCUGCUGAUUAUGAAGAGCAUCAUGGUUUGCGUGAUGCUGAGAAUGUCUUCUGGAUGUGCCAUGGUUCAGAUAUACACAAAGCACUUUCAUUUGAUCGCCUUCAUGCAUACCAUGGUGGUCUUUUCUCAGACCAUUUGUUAUCUGAAUUCAAAAUGAUCAUCAAUGAGCUUGGUAAAGCAUCUGCUAAGUUGCUUGAUAUGCAAUUUGAUGAAAUGCCCCUUUGGAGUGGCCUCAACCAUUUUAGUGCUGUGAUGAAGACAGAGUUUGCAGAUGGCUCAAAAUAUGAGGAUAUAUCCAAGGUCACUCAACUACAUUCUUUAAUGACACUGAUAAUGAUGCUCCAUCAGAUUAUAGUAUUUGCAGCCCAUAACAUUCUGUCCAAAGAUGUAACAAAACAAGGCUUCCAUCUUCUCAAGCUUAUUCGAAGUUAUCUGGAGCUGGACAUGUAUGUUUCUUUAACGACACAUACUGAAUCAACUAUUGCGGCUGGUCGGGCUGAGCUACUUGUCUUUGAAAAAUUACUACAUGAAUAUAUACCCAUGAAUACCGAAAAAUCAUGGAAUUUUCCCAAAGCUCACAGCCAUCAGCAUGUUUUUGAUGACAUCCAGAACAAGGGUGCUACUCGAAACUACAAUACGAAGCCAAGUGAAAAGUCACAUGGUUCAUUGAAAUCAGCCUACAAGUUUCACACCAAUUUUAAGAAUGUUGAAUCACAGAUUCUUGAAGUCAAUCAAUCCCAUCUGGUUGCAACAAUCAUACGCACGAAACUGGAGACUCUUGAUGAGGCACAAGACUCCAAUGAGGAGGUGGUUGAGAAGGAUAUAAUUGGCAGCAAACAUGUCUCUCUUGGCUCUCCAACUUCCAAGAUUACACUCAAAGACAUGGAGCAGCGAGGGGCUCAAGAUUUUGCAUUUCAAGAUUUUCGAAAGAAGCUAUCCAAAUUCUUCUCAAAAUACUUUGGGCAUCAAAUACAACUUCAUGAAGAUGAAAAUAUUCACUCAAUUUUUCAGAUCUUCCCAUACCAAUAUCUUCGGGUCAACUAUGAGUCAACAGUUGAUUGGUCUCUGACAACAGAUUUGCUCAGAGUGAAUCCAAAAUUCCACAACAAAGAGCGCUAUGACUAUGUUGUUGUCAAAAUUGACAGCAAGAAAUUCAUCUUUGCUCAGCUAUUGUGUAUUUUCAGUUGUGAAGUCAAGUCAACCAAGUACUUUUUGGCUCUCAUUCUUCCCCUUGAUCUUCCACCCUCUCUAACCAAUCGUGGACGUGAUCGGGAACUACGCUUUACAAGACUUCGGUCGCGUCCAAGGCUUUCAAGCUGCUUUAUCUCUGUGGAAUCAAUUGUUCGCGGGGCUCUUAUUUCAAAGGAUUAUGGUGCAGAGUAUGGUGAUGAGUACCUUGUUGUUGAUGUUGUUGAUUUUGAUCUGUGGUUGCGGCUGAAGACUUUGCCACUCAUACACAGAGCAGAAUUCUAG